AUGCCUGAGGGAGCGCAUGGGGAGGCCACCGCGGGCACCCAAGCCCUCCCUGGAGGGGAAGCAAACUGCAGCCCCCUUUGCUGCUCGCGCCGUGGGGCCUGCCUCUCGGCCUUCCUGCUGCUGUUCCUGGCGGCUGUGGCGGCCCUCAUCGCCCUGGGCAGCAUCCUGGGACUCCCACGACACUCGCCAGGGCCCCAGGCGUGUGCGACACCAGCAAACAGGACAGGCUUCCGGUGCCAUGACCAGAGGAGCUGCAUCCCGGCCAGCGGGGUCUGUGACGGCGUUCGUACCUGUCCCCAUGGCGAGGACGAGGAUGAGCACUUGUGCCGAGAUGUGCCCCGGAGCCUUCCCAGCUUCCUCGUGGCCCGCUGCGGAGACCCGGCCUCCUGGAUCUACUCAGACCAAAAAUGCGACGGAACCAACAACUGUGGGGACUGCUCCGAUGAGCUGAGCCCAGUGACCCUGUGCCCGCCCUGCGGCCCAGGGUGGUGGCGCUGCUCUUCUACCGUCUUCAUAUACUGCGGCUGUAUCCCAAGGAGUCUGUGCCGGGACCACAUGCAGCACUGCUCCGACUGGUCUGACGAGUACAUCUGUCCCAGACCCUGA